ACUAUUACCAGAAUAGAUUUACCUGUAAACGGGCAUGUGAAUUGUUCAGUUUGGGGUCCUCUGAAGCUAUUUUGACACUUACAUCACUUACUCUCAUUCAUCCAGUUCUGUUACAUUUUCACGACAUCUAACACCACAUCAUGGCGGACGACGAUGCCCAGAGACAAGCAAUAUUACGCAAAGCGUUCCAAAUGUUCGACCCGGGCAAUAGUGGUACCAUUGAAACCAUCAAAAUAACCACCAUUUUGAACAGCAUGGGUCAAGUAUUUGACCACAAGGAAUUGGGCGAAAUGAUAAAGGCUAACGACCCGGACAAUUCGGGAAGAGUUGAUUUCGAAGGAUUUGCAAUGAUCGCUUCUCAUUUUCUAGAAGAAGACGAUGCUGAAAGUACACAACAGGAACUUAAAGAAGCCUUCAGGUUGUAUGACAGAGAAGGGAAUGGUUACAUUACGACGGGAACGUUGAAGGAAAUAUUGAAAGCCCUUGAUGAUAAACUGACGAACGCAGAACUGGAUGGAAUUAUUGCUGAAAUUGACACAGACGGCUCUGGAACUGUCGAUUUUGAUGAAUUCAUGGAGAUGAUGACUGGUGACUAAACAGGGAUUCGUCCUUCAUCCUAUCAAAAAGUACUUCAAAAUAUAACUAUAAAAUCAAGUUGUUAUCAGAAUACUUAUUGUGUAAUCAAUUUAUUGUUUUAAGUCGUGUGUUUUGACUUUCUUUGAUUAUUACACUGUUAAAAAUACUUAUUAUUUGUAUUUACAAAUAAAUCUUUUAUGAUACA